CUAGACAUAAACACCAGUCCAGUGUCAAAAACACCAAAAAUAUAAAAAGUUUCAUUUUUGAUACGACCUCAAGCGAGACAACAAAUACAUUAAUGGAGUCUUCGUCACCAUCAUCAUCAUCCCCUUUAACAGAACGCUUAUUGAAUACAUUAACUAACAGAGGAUGGUGCUUCAAUGACCUCCAUAAAGUUCGCGCACUCAUCACCGUUCACUCCGCCAUUAAUGGCACCGUCGAAUCACUCGAAUCCGAACUAUGCAACAUUGAUUUACGCACCAUCGGUGGUAAAUCAUUGCCUGAUUCUUCUCUCCUUCGCAAGGCGUCGCAGUUUCUUCAACCUCCUAAAGUCCUUCAGAUAGCUUCUGUGAGUGAUAUAAGUAGAAGCAGCGAGGUGAGCGGGCACAGUUCGAGCAAUCGGAGGAUGUUAAAGAUGAUUUUGAGUGAUGGACAAUCGGAAGUUACUGCUGUGGAGUACUGUCCUAUAUCGUCUUUUUCCGAUAAUGUCGUUCCUGGAACGAAGGUCCGACUAGAAAAGAAAGUUGUGGUACACUAUGGUAUUGUCUGCCUUACUUCGGAUGCGAUAACUGUGCUUGGAGGUGUUGUGGAGUCAUUGUAUGAAGAGUGGCAGAUGAACCAGAAGUAUGCAGGUUUUUCCCGCUCCUCUCUUAGGCUUCAAGAUGGCAAUGCAGGUGGUCCUCCACCUUUUGAGAAAUUGCAGAUUGGGCGGCCUAAAUCAGGCUUUACUCACAAUGCCUCCAGGAAUAGCGGGCCUACUGCUGCUAAAUCCUCCAGAUAUGCUGAUACACAACAGAUGGAUCAAAAGCAAGCCUCUAAUGCUAAAGCUGAUGAUGUGAAUGCUAAUCUGAAAAGUGCCUCAAGUUCUCAAAGAGCUGAAGAAAAGCCAAGUAGCUCUGAUACUAGACCAAAAGAAGUGGCCGAAUACAUUCCUAUUCAGAAUCAAGCAGCUGCACAGAAACUCCUCCAAAAAAUGAAUACUCCAAACUAUAAUAAUGAAAGGUAUAGAGGCUCAAGGUACAAGGGGAGGGAGAAAGAAGAAGAGAAACAAGUUUUCACUCUAGAAGAAUGGGAAAGGAGAAAAGCGCAGCCAAAAGCUAGAGAAGAACCUAUUGAUCUCAGUCAUGAUGAGGAUCUCGCUCGGCAACUUCAGAACCAGUUUAAUUUGGAAGAACAAGAGCAACGAGGUCCUCAUAGAGACAAGGCAGAAGAUAUACGGAUGAGUAUGUUCAGCUUUGAAAGAGAUGAUGACAGCGGAGCUUACGGAAAUACUGGAUCAAGAGGAAGAGGGAGAGGAAGAGGGGGUAGGGGAAGAGGAAGAGGUCGAGGUCGAGGUAGGGGUAGAGGUAGAGGUUGAUGUCGCUGAACCUCCCGACUUUAUGCAACUUGCACAAUUUUGUAAUGAAUCAAUCGACAUUCUAACAAUGAGAUUACGGGAGCAAUUAUCAGAAUCAGCUUUCUUGAGGAGGAUGAAGUGUGGGCCAGGAGAUCUCUUUAAAUCAACCUUGAUGGAUUAUGAGGCUAAUCCACUCUUCUCUGAUGUUACACAACUGUACAUGUUCAAAUAUAUGGUUUCUUUUUUUUUCCCCUUGAAGAACAAGUAUAUUCGUGACCUUGUAGUUGUGGCCGAUUUUAGAGGCUCUUGAUAUUAUGAUAUAGAAGGGUCUCUUAGUGAGUCCUGCAGGUGGUCAUUGGAUCUGUUGGACCCUA